AUGGGUAAGAAAGGCAAAGUGAACAAGUUGGCGAAGAUGUCAGAUGAGGAGCGAGCCAGGUAUCUGCAACAUCGCGCCGACUUGGAGGAGGAGGCUCGUCGGAGGAAACAAGAACUUAUUCACAGGUUCAUAAAGAAUAAAUUAGACAAAGAAGAGGCCUACAGUCGUUUGAAUACAGCUAAAAUAAAUCAACAAUGGAGGUUUAUCCUGCGGAAAAUAAAAUGCAAACAAAUGGCGUUGGAUAUUCAGAACAUGCUGACCAGCUUCAACUUCCUGGUAGAGCGCAAGGACCGCCUGAUAAAGACGCUGGUGAGGGCCACGGACGACUCUGAUGAACAGCAUCGAAGAGCUUUCCAGGCACACACGGAAAACGUCAGCUUUUUCCUCAACAUAGGCACCCAACGCUUAGACAAGCUGCAAGCAGAAUACGAUCACCAGAAGAACGAUCUACUAGAGAAUUGGGACAAAGAAGAAAUGGAACUAAUAGACUGCCAGGAUAGAGCCGAGUUCAAGCUGAAGCUGAUCAUGUACAUACAGGACAGGGACUUCCAGACAUUGAGGAAGAAUAUAGAGACGCAACGCGCUACGGAGAAGAAUGAUGCGAGGCUUGAGCACGAAGAGGAACUGCGAAGUUUCUGCGCCCCAAAGCAGUUGGCAAUAGAGAUGUACUGGGGCAAACUCCGUGAAGUGUACAACUCAUACCAGGAGGAACACAACCCCAUCAUGAGUCACUACCACAGCCUACGAGAGAAGGACGACUUCUAUCAGAAGGAAAUCGCUAGGAACGACUUCCAAAUACAACUUGCUAGUGAAACCCUAACAAACUUGCAACUUGAAUGGCAAAAGACGACCAGUACGAUGACAGACAAGUUGAUGCGUAUGGCCAAUCGCAAGGAAGAACUAGCCCGCAAAUAUUUGCAGAUGAAGAGGGACUCUAAGCUUGAGAGCAGUAAGGGAAACCAGCAGUUAGAUAUAAUGGUGAAUGCCAGCCAGGAUGCGAUCAAGCAUCUUGAAGAUAUGUAUGAGAAACUAAACAAAGUGAUGCAGCUGUCAGAAAUCUGCAGUAAAUAUGAGCACGAGGGUGACGAGCUGACAAAAGACGUGGAAUAUGAUAUGGACUCAGUAGACUUUGAACAUCUUGAUAAGGACAUGAUUGAUGAAUGCAAAGAAUAUCGCAAAAUGGACAAGUUCCUACUCAAAGUGAACAGAGCCAAGGUGCAAACAAUAUGUCUGCGGACUGAGAAAGCUAAGCUGAUGAGGGAAAAUAUUCAGUUGAAGAAUUACAUCAAGAGGUAUCUUACGGACUUGGCGCUGAAGGGCAAAGAUAGACCAUUGAGCAUGAAGAUAAGGACGGACGCACCAAAGAUUAACAUUAAGGCGAAUCGUCCGGUAACUUGCAUAGAGGGUGCACUAUCGAACGCCGUGCAACACGAAGUGCGCAUGCGCAACGUCGCACGCCGCAGCAAGGACAGCGAUAUCAGGGCCUACCCUCGCGUGCAAUGCUGGAUGCAAUCUGCUUAG